AAACCAGCUCGCAGUGCUCGCAGUGCCCUUGCCAUGCUGGCCAUGCUGCCGGGGCCCGACGAGACGUGGGAGAUGCGGGCGCAGAAGCAUCCUGAACGGCUGCAGAGCUUUCUUGUGGCUGUGGCAGAGCAGCCCAACUACUUCGCAGAUGUGAUCGAUGAACUUCGCGUCGAGGACUUUGAGGAUGAAAAGGACAAGACAAUUGAGACCAGGAGGCUGACAAGGCAGCAAUCAGCAGAGCAGCUGGUGCUGAAAUGCUAUGGAGACAUGGUCAGCCUGUGAGAGUUUUGCCUUGGCUUUGUCUCAAGCCGUUUUGCCUUGGGUUUGUCUCAGCCGUCGGAGGAUAAAGUAUAGGACUUUUUGAAGCUCCGAUUCUAAGACAAACCCCGGAUUUAAAGUAUGACUUUCAAGAAGAUCGCAGCAAAACUCAGUCUGUACAGUCUGUACAUUUCAAAAUUCGAUGCAGUGUCAAGUUUCAAGUUCCCAAGUCUUCUUCGCGAACUUUGGGAUAGCCGAAAGGCUUCUCAAAUGUGGAGAGGAUUUGAUGCCGGAUAUUACCUGAUGGAUCAGGUUGUGCUCCCAGAUCAAGUGCUUGACAUCAGCGCAAGUCCUUGAGGAGUGGUAGAUGUUUCAACCCCGGGGCCCCCGUGCCAUAUUGAAUACACCCCUUUUCACUCCGUGAAAUGAAGAAAUCCCAUACCAAACCAUGGCUUCGUGAAUGGGGGUAUUUAAUAUUAGGGGGAUGGGAUUUUGUUGGCUUUAUGCUGAGUUUUUUCCAAGCUGCGAAGACGUGAAA